AUGGCCAAGUGCACACUGCUUUUGCUGCUUGCAGUGGGGGUGCUGGGUGGAGAGCUCUGGCUUGUAGCCCAGGCCCGGGCAGCACCCUAUGGAGUGAAGCUUUGUGGCCGUGAAUUCAUCAGAGCAGUGAUCUUCACGUGUGGGGGCUCUCGAUGGAGACGGUCGGACAUCCUGGCCCAGAUAGCUAUGGGGGAUGCCUUUCCUGAUACAGACGCCGAUGCAGAGAGCCUGGCAGGCCACCUGGAUGACGCUAUGGGCUCUAGAGAGUGGCUGGCCCUGACCAAGUCCCCUCAAGCCUUUUAUGGGAGCCGACCCAGUUGGCAGGGAACUCCUGUGGCUCUUCGGAGCAGCCGAGAUGUCCUGGCUGGUCUUUCCAGCAACUGCUGCAAGUGGGGAUGUAGCAAAAGUGAAAUCAGCAGCCUCUGCUAG